GAGGACGACAGCUCUGCUGGAUGGACUCUGAGGAGAAACACAAGCAAACAGCAGAGGACUCAGUGUGGAGAUGGGUGGGGGAAAGCAGCUGGAGCAUCAUGUAACAUCAGUUACAUUCAGCCCUGGCACAGUGGAGUUUACUGGUGUGAGUCCAGAGAGGGUCCCAUCAGUAACAUGGUUAACCUGACAGUCACUGGUGGAUCAGUGAUCCUGCAGAGUCCUGUCCUCCCUGUGAUGGAGGGAGAUGACGUCACUCUGCUCUGUAAAACAAAGACCACUCCCUCCAACCUCCCAGCUGCUUUCUAUAAAGAUGGCUCCCUCAUCAGGAAGCAGCCUACAGGUCACAUGACCAUCCAGCAUGUUUCCAGGUCUGAUGAAGGCCUCUACAAGUGUGACAUCAGCGGUCAUGGAGAGUCUCCAUCC